CCAAUCCGACAUUUCUCAUCCAAACACCUAAUAAGAGCUUUGUACUCAGAAAGAAACCACAUGGAUCUUUGCUUCCUGGUGCGCAUAAGCCUGCUUUGCUCUUCGGAAAGUCCAAGCUCGUCAGCCCUUAGCUGCGGGUUUUCGUGAACCUCACAGACAAUACCCCUGUAGCACCUAAUCCCAGAUUAGUGCUGUGCUUUUUCUUUUUAUUCCUAGGACUUAAUAGGUGCCUAUCCAGGUCCCUGACCUGUCGACAGAUCCAGGUCUAAAUCCUGUCUUUACAGCCCUUUCUACACAGAGACAACCAAAAUAUAAUUAACUAUUCAACUCUAAUAAAGUUAACUAUGGUUUUCUGAAAGCUCUUACAACCUAACAAUUAAUUUCUUAAGUAAUAACUUAUUACGAAUAACAUGUUCUCACUUUCCACGCCUCCAAUUUCUCUGAUUCUGGCUUUGAGGCGGCUCACUGUGAACUCCCGAGUCCUCUCACGCUCAGAGCCAAUCAUGCGGUCAAGGUGAAGUUAACAGCCUCCAAGGUGCCUGCAGUAUGCCUCCUCAGGAGUUCCCAUAGCCAAUCCUCAAGCACGGAAUCCUGCCGACUAUGCCAACUUCUUGUGGAAGUUUUGAGAGAUGUAAAGUAUAAAGUGUCACUCUGGUGGAUAGGGAGUAUGUUGUCCAGAAGGCACUGCACUCCAUUGACUUUCCUGUUCCUCAGCCUUUACUUUACUGCUCGGACACACGUGUUAUUGGCACAGAGUUUUACAUCAUGGAGCAUGUUAAGGGCCGUAUAUUUCGAGACCCAAGGCUACCAGGCAUCAGUUCAGCAGAACGCAGCGCUCUGUAUGUAGCUGCAGUUGAGGUAUUAGCCAGACUUCACUCUGUUAACCUCACCAGACUUGGCCUAGUAGGAUAUGGGAAAGGGGCAGGUUAUGCCAAGAGGCAGGUGUCCACGUGGAUAAAGCAGUACAGAGCAUCUGCAAGCAAAACCAUUCCAGGUGUAGAUGAUCUUUAUGAUUGGCUGAGCAACAAUGUGCCACCCAUUGAUGAGCAAGUGACCCUAGUACAUGGUGAUUUUCGAAUUGACAACCUUAUAUUCCAUCCAUCAGAGGCUCGAAUACUAGCUGUAUUGGAUUGGGAAUUAUCCACAAUUGGGCAACCGCUUGCAGACUUGACUUACUUUCUUAUGCCCCAUUACUGCCCCUCCCAUCUUAAUAUGAUCUCUGUUCUUGGUGGAGUUACAGGGAUAGAAGGUAUCCCUUCAGCAGAAGACUUGAUCUCUAUUUACUGCCAAUGCUGUGGAAUCCCUUCUUCACUUCCACAUAAGAAUUUUUUUAUUGCCUUGGCCAUGUUUAAAAUGGCCUGCAUUGCACAGGGCAUUUAUGCAAGAUCUUUGCUGGGGAAUGCCAGUGCUCCUAAUGCAGCUCAGUUUGAAGAAAGCGUGGAACCUUUAGUUCACCUGGCUCUAAAGAUCGCUCACAGUUCUUCACUGGAUGUACAAGUUCCUGAUAGGUUAUUUCUCCAGUCAGCUAAAGGUUACAUUGUCCUCCAGCAAGUUAAAGAGUUUAUGAAACAACACAUACUGCCUACUCAGAAGGAAAUUACUGAGUACUAUAUCAAACACUGCGAUGGCCCUGAGAGAUGGCAAACACCUCCUGCACUGGAGGAACUGAAGGCAAAAGCUCGUGAGGCUGGGCUGUGGAAUCUGUUUUUGCAUGCAGUGAGUGGUCUAUCUCAGCUGGAUUACUCCUACAUAGCUGAGGAAACUGGACGAUGCUUCUACGCCUCUGAGGUCUUCAACUGCCAGGCUCCAGAUUCGGGGAACAUAGAGGUGCUGCACCUGUUUGGUUCUGAGGAGCAAAAAAAGCUCUGGCUAGAUCCCUUGCUGAGAGGAGAAAUACGAUCCUGCUUUUGCAUGACUGAGCCAGAUAUUGCCUCAAGUGAUGCGACUAACAUGGAGUGUACCAUGCAUAAGGAUAAAGACCACUAUGUCAUAAAUGGCAAGAAAUGGUGGAGCAGUGGUGCAGGCAACCCAAUGUGCAAGAUUGCCAUAGUGAUGUGCAAGAGCAAGGCAUCUGACAGUAUAAGGAGACAUGGUCAGCACAGUAUGAUUUUGGUUCCUAUGGACACACCUGGUGUGAGGAAGAUCCGACCUCUUACUGUGUUUGGGCAAGAUGAUGCAUGGCAUGGUGGCCAUUUUGAGUUAAACUUUGACAAUGUUCAUGUUCCUGCAACCAACAUUCUUCUGGGUGAGGGACGGGGGUUCGAGAUAGCUCAGGGACGGCUGGGCCCAGGUAGACUGCACCACUGCAUGAGGGCAGUUGGACUGGCAGAGCAUGCACUGGAGCUGCUUUGCCAAAGGUCCAGUAGCAGAAGCACCUUUGGCAAAAGACUGUACCAACAUGAGGUGGUGGCUCAUUGGAUAGCAGAGUGUCGCAUUGCUAUUGAGCAGGUGCGGCUAAUGGCUCUCCAUGCAGCUUAUAUACUCGACACACAGGGGAACAAGGCUGCGAGGAAACAGAUUGCAAUGAUAAAGGUAGCAGCUGGCAGGAUGGCUUGUAAGGUUGUGGACUGUGCUAUCCAAGUGCACGGAGGUGCAGGAGUGUCUGAUGACUUCCCCCUUGCACAAAUGUAUGCAUAUGCACGAACUCUUCGUCUAGCUGAUGGCCCUGAUGAGGUUCAUCUGUCCUCCAUCGCCCUAAUGGAGCUCCGGGAUCAGCUCGGACAGACAGCUGCUAAACUCUAAAUUAACCAGUACAUAAAACUUGAUUAAAUCAUAUUUUAAUUCACUUUACUCAAAUUAAUCAUCAUAAAACUAACAAUAAUAACUUGCAUUAAAGGUAUGAUAAUAAUGAGCUUGAUAAAGUGGGGUCAAAUAGUUUGAAAGCACUAUUUUUUUUUUAUUAAUUCAACAAUUUUAAGUAUACUGAUGGCAACGUGAGUGGGGGGAAAAAUUUAAAAAUAAAUAAAUAAAUAAAAUAAAUCCCUGUAUGUGUGUGUGCACUAUCCACCUUGUUUACAAACAAUUGUACACCCGCACAUUUAUGCAUUAUUUCUGAUUAACAGUGAUCUUUGUUGGUUGACCACAUCUGACAAGUGUAGCAAUGUUCUGUUACAGAAUCUGUCUAAAGAGUUUGGAUACCAAAGAUCUACAGUAAGAGAUGAUUUUGUAACCUUGUCCAGACAACGAGCAACUAUAACUCUAUCUGAUGUCCUCAGAACUCUCCCUUGUUUUUGCCAUGAACCACUUCCACAAGCAAGUGUCAUGUACAUCAUACUUUAAUACAUCUCUGUUGUUUAAAUAAACAGGGCACUCACAGACACCUGAUUGUCAUCCCAUUGAUUGAAAACAGAUGGACUCUAAUGUGACCUUGAAAUUAAAUACUAAUCCAAGAUCUUCAUAUAUUUUUGCUGCUCAGAUAUCUAAUACUGGAACAUUUUCUUGAAUAAAAAAAAUACCAAGUAUGA